GCCUUUGUGGAACAAACUCGAUCGAUCGCUUUCGGUCCGUGCGGUUCAAAGAUCAUCGUAUCCAGCUCGAUAGCUGCAAUAACGGUUAUUAAAAUUUUCCAAACGGAAAAAUACGCUGCGACAGGCUAAAAGAUUUCCGCGCGGCAUUCAACGGCACGUGGGAAGGUGAUUCCGUGCGUCGGGCAGCAGGUGAAAUACUCGUACCGGUGAUUCACCGACCUACCCAUUACGGACUACAAUCCUAAAUCCGUUUCGCUUGCCAACCGGUUGGAGCAACAAUAAAUACCCGAGAGUGUGUGUUCAGUGCAGUUCCAGGAAUUCCCCUCUCAACCCAUAAUGUCGCUCGAAUGCAAAGUGCACAGCUGAUAAUUGUGGUCCUAAACCAUUAAUGGCCCUUGUGCAGAGCCACCUCACACAGACCAGACACGUUGCGAGGCCACUGAUUGGGCUCAGCCUUUAUGCCAUGCACCAGGAUGUCCCACAGAAGAGCAUCGGAGCUGCAACCGAAACGAAACUGGAAAAGUCGUCGACGGAGAAGGCGACGCUGCAGGUGGAUAAUGCAGGAGGAGCAGGAGGAAGCCAUCCGCAGAGACGACGCCGUCGACGGCGCCACAGCAGCAGUUCGACAAGCGACACCAACACCUCCUCGGACUCGGAUGUCACAACGGACUCCGAUUCGUAUACAUCCUCAUCCAGCAGCAGCACCAGCAGCAGUAAAAGCAGCCAUCGACUGGCACCUCGGGCUGUACCUCUGCCUGAACCUCACACAUCCCCGCCUCUACCUCAACCUCAAGCCUCACCCAUCCGCAGUGAAAGCAGAAAAGCCUCCAUCGAAUCGAGUGACUCAUGCACACCCGUCGAAGUGCCCGUGGAUCCGCAUGCCUGGUCCACCGAGGACAUUGCCAGUUGGGUGAAGUGGCUGACGCGCAAGUUCAAGAUCGAUCCGGAGCCGGACAUUGGACGCUUUCCCAAGAACGGGCAGGAGCUGUGCGAUCUGAGUCGCGCUGACUUUUGGGUAUGUGCGGGCUCUCGGCGAGGUGGCACGCUGCUGGCCAAACACUUCGCGCUCAGCCUGUACCAUGCCACGGGCCGCGAGACGAGUCCCAUGCUCAACGAGAGCGAGCCAAAUCCGUAUCAACUGCUGAACGCUGCCUCGCACCGAUUGGUCGCUCAGGGCUCUGGCGGGCAGAUACAAUUGUGGCAAUUUCUGCUGGAGCUGCUCGCUGAUUCGUCGAAUGUCGCGUGCAUCAGCUGGGAGGGCCAAUCGGGCGAAUUCCGGCUCAUUGACCCGGACGAGGUGGCCAAACGUUGGGGCGAACGCAAGGCCAAGCCGAAUAUGAACUACGAUAAGCUAAGUCGUGCCCUGAGGUACUACUACGACAAGAACAUCAUGACCAAGGUGCACGGCAAGCGUUACGCCUACAAGUUCGACUUUCAUGGCCUGAUGGCCGCCUGCCAGGCCCAAGCGCAAGGCGGCGAUCCGGCUGCCAAUAUGUUAGGUUCCUACAAUCAUCAUCCCGGCGGUGGAAUGCCCCUCAGCCGUCACCCACCGCUGCAUCAUCCUCAUUCAACGCAGCAUGCCCAUCAUCAUCAUUCGCAUCCACACAGCCACGGACAUGUGCAUCCCGGGCAGCCGCACUUUCUGCAUCACCACACAUCGCCCGCCUCAACCAGCUCCAGUUUGGGCUUCCCCUCACCCCCUACGGUGUCGUCACAGCCCUCGCCCAGCAAUGGACCAGCAGCCACAGCGACAACGGCGACGUUUUCGGCACCAUUCCAUGGCGGGACAGCAGCUGAACAGGCAGCCAGAACAGGGACAGGCACGGGGACGACCUAUGACCAGGGCAACCCAUCCACAAAUGCAUUUAACUGAAGAUGGUGACGACAGCAACCCCAAUUUGUUUUUGUGGGGUUGUAAACGGUCGACCCACAGGGCAGGGGGGUGGCGAGGAAGAUGCGCAAGGACCACCCACUGCGCAGAGUGCUGUAAGGGAGAGAGCGAGAAGCAGCGGACCGGACUGGACCGUAAAAAGGUACGACACGAGUAAUUUCCG